AGCAAAAUGUCAGGAGCAAGACAGGACAUGAAGCAGUUUGUUGUGCUUCACUUCAACGAUGAGAAUGAAGUGGAGGCAGCUCCCUCAAAGUGGCUGGAAUGGGGUGAUGGGGCAAAUGAUCUAGACUGCUACUGGCCUCCACAUAAUCCUGUUGGUCUGGCAAAAAAGAAUGUCCUGCCGGACAAACAGCUGUGGACGAGGUACAGAGCAAGGAUACUCUCACAAACAGACACAUAUGCUAUGGCCCGCCAUAGGGCCCGAAAAGCCCAAGACACCUCGCAGCUGGAGGAGUCUGACCACGAUUCCCGGCGGGUGGUGUUACCACAGAGGUUCAGAGAGGAUGGUGACGACCCUCGCAUAAGAAAACCGAGCAAAAAACAGCAAUGCAAGUACUCAAAAGAGCAUGAGGUCGUUAAGCUGUUUGAGGGCCUACAGCGGAGGGUGAUGAUGAAGCUGGAGAUGAUGGAGGAUAAACUCACCAGGGUGGUGAACCUUCUGAAUGAAUGUGGACGGGUGGGGCCAGUGGGCGUAGAGGAGGAUCCCCUGGAUAUCUUCCAGCAGCCACUGGAGACAGUAGAGGGUUUGGACCAGUUGUGCCACCGUCUGCAGGAGGGCACUUUUAGAAAGAAGACAAUCCUUCUUCUCCCUCUGCUCCCGGGUUUCGGCACCAAAAAUGUGGUGGAUUUAUCAGGAGGCCAGGUCUUCUCCUGGGGCCAGAACAAGUAUGGGCAGCUGGGCCUGGGAAUGGUGGGGGCAUCCACCUCGUCCCCCCAGGUCAUCCAGUCCCUGCUGGGGAUCCCCUUCUCCCAGGUCGCCGCCGGAGGGGCGCAUAGUUUCGCCCUCACAUUCUCCGGGGGCGUAUUCGGAUGGGGCCGCAACAAGUUCGGGCAACUCGGACUGAAUGACAGCAACGACCGGCAUUUUCCAGUUCUCCUAAAGACACUGCGGUCCCAGAGAGUUGUGUACAUCUGCUGCGGAGAGGACCACACUGCUGCACUUACAAAGGAGGGAGGAGUGUUCACGUUUGGAGCAGGAGGGUAUGGGCAGCUAGGCCACAACAGCACUAACCACGAGAUCAAUCCCCGCAAGGUGUUCGAGCUCAUGGGAAACAUAGUCACGCAAAUCGCCUGUGGCAGGCAGCACACACUGGCCUUCAUCUCCACCUCAGGGAAGAUCAACUCCUUCGGGCUGGGCGGCAAUGGGCAGCUGGGCACACGCUCCACCUGCAACAGGAAGAGCCCUGCAUUGGUCAAGGGCCCCUGGAGGGCCCUCAACAACCCGGAGCCGGACGACAUGCCCUCCGACUCCGAGCAGGGCUACUACGUGAGGCGAAUCUUUGCCGGAGGGGACCAGAGCUUUGCCCACUUUAGUACAGACCAGGUGCGUCCCUGGUGGAGAGCGCAUGACAAUCAGAAUGACCUUGCCCCUGUUGAUUUCCGAGUGCCUGAUCCUCGAGGUCACAUCCACACGCUGAGUGCUGACCUCAUUCAGAAAUGGCUGAGUCACGCUCAUGGACGACUGCCGCCCGAAAUCUCAAAUGAGAUUGAUGUUGUGUUCUCCUCAGCGAGUUGCCUCAAUGGGAGCUUCUUGUCAACAAGUCACCCAGACCACUACAACACCAGCAGCAAGUGCUCAGGGGUGGAUAUGAACACCGCUCGCAUACUUUUGCACAGAGUGGUUCAACCAGACUAUCCACAGAUCUCACAGUUGGCGUGUGCGAGUCUGGAGAAGACCCUGCUCCCCAGACUCACGUCCUCUCCCCCAGACAUCGAGGCCCUGCGUCUGUACCUCACGCUGCCCGAGUGCUCCCUGCUCCACAACCCCAGCAACUACGCCUCGCUCACCAUUCCCCUGGCCAGUGCCACCGUCGGCCUGAAGGAGGCCGCCCACACGGUUCUCUGUAACUGGUGGUCGCGGCUGGAGCCUUCCAUGUUCCAGCGCAGGGUGGAGCUCUACAAGGAGGUGGUGCUGUACCUGUUGCGCAUGCAGAAGGUGGGGGUGCCGCCGUCUGAGCUGAAGAUGCUCACCUGCUUCCUGCACCAUUCGCUCAAGCUCCUGGGCCUUCUACACGCCGUCAACGAGGCAGCUGGACAAAUCAUCCAGUAUGACAAAUUCUACAUCCACGAACUGGACGAGCUGAUCGACAUCCGAAACGACUACAUCAACUGGAUCCAGCAACAGGUGUUUGCUGCUCUGAUGAAGGAUGGGAGCAGUGUGGCAGACCGCAACAACAGCCCAGCCCUGAGGAGCUGAAGGCUUCAGUCUCUUUCUCUCUCUCUCUCUCACACACACACACACACACACACACACACACACACACACCCCUGAGCGAGCAGGAGGAGACUAGUGGAGACUGGAGUCUUCUGGCACCUUCUUCAGUAUUUCAAAAGGUUUCAGUCCUGUGUGUGUGUGUGUCUUUGUAUGUGCACAUGUGUGUGAGGGAGAGCAGGACAGACGGCGAGAAAGAGAACGUGUGUGUGUGUGUGUGUGUGUGUGUGUGUGUGUGUGUGUGUGUGUGUGUGUGUGUGUGUGUGUGUGUGUGUGUGUGUGUGUGUGUGUGUGUGUGUGUGUGUGUGUGUGUGUGUGUGUGUGUCUGUGUGUGUGUGUGUGUGUGACCCAGGUAGCAUUUGGGUGUGGUGGCCCCUGGAGCUCUGAGCCUUAAACCCCAGCCUGGCGCGUGCUCAGAAGACGUCCUUUGUGCCAGGAGCAGAGACCGCUGUGGGACCCACGCCACACGACAUGUGCCACUAGGCUCUCUACACACGCACAGGGGCACUGCAUGCAGGCACACAGACAGAGAGACAGACAGACACACACACACACACACACACACACACAGAGAAACACACUCCAUUCACACCCAACCCAUUAGGGUUCAGUGCCAAUGUUUGUGCUUCGUAAAGCAAGUCUGAGCUUGUUAUUAGACGCAGCACUGCUAUACAUUGCUUUUGUGUCUGUGUGUAAGACCUCUGCUCUGUCCUGUGUAUGCGUUGUGUGAAUUGAGGAAGUGAGUGUGUGUAUGUGCGUGCGUGCGCGCGCUUUGGUUGUUCUUGAGGAACAGCUAUAUAAACGAGGCUGCUAUUUUAGGCCUUCUCCCCCCCCUUUCUUGGACACUCCAAAGUUUGAGCAAACUCAUGAGUUUGAAGACAUUACAGAAAAAGUGCAAUAGUGCGGCCUAGACGCCCAGAGAGUGCUGGCCAGACCUUGCUACGGUCAGUCCAGCUGCAUAACUGACCUGUCGUCACUUGCAUCCAUGACGUGAUGGCACUGUGAGUAGCAGAGAGACCUACGUUAUGCAUUCAGUCAGUUGUCUCCAGUUAUUUCCAAACCAGGACUGUUUUUGUUUGUUUGUUUGUUUGUUUGUUUUUGUUUGUUUUGAACGUAUGGCCAGCGUGUCUGUUUAGAUUAUUUCUGUUAAACCUUUUAUUUAUAGUUGUAUAAUUCUUUUUUUGUAUUUUAAUUUAAGCCUGAAUCAUUUAGCCAGUUUUUUUUUCUACAUCUUUUGUUUUAAUUUCAAAAUUCACUACUGUACAGUUUUCUUACAUUCUACUGGUAAUGUAUAUGUAUAUAUACAUAUAUAACAAUAUAUAUGUGUAUAUAUAUGUAUAUAUACAUAUAUAAAAAUUGUGAAAUGAAUUCUUAGGCUACUUGUCUAAAUGUGUAAAUAUAUCUCAAUAACAAGGUACUGUUGCACGCGUGUUCAUUUUUGUACCUUUUUAAAACCAACAGAGUAAUCAGACAUAAACAUUUUGUUUACACUCAUCCUAAUGGAAAUAAAAA